CAAAAUGGCUGCAAAAACGAAACUCGAUGCAACAAUUUCGUUUGGCAUAUUCAUUUAUUUAAGCUGGGGAAACUGUUUGUAACUGACUUAAAUUGUGGUUUAGUUAUAAAGAAAUACAUCCUGUGUAAAAAUGGCCUCAAAAAAGAUUCCAGGAAUAUCGGAAAAGGUUCAAGAGAUAAAGCGCAUGCAGAAGAAUUGGAUGAACCAGAGAGCCUCCUUGUCAGAACAAACAUCAUCAUCAUCGAAUACCAGGCCAAGCAGAGGUGCUCAGGGGAAAACAAAAACAGCUUCCAAAGAAACAGCCAAAAAAACAGAUACAGUGUCCUGGGUAGUUGGAAGUGGCUCCAAGAAAAAGCCAACAUCAGUGAGAGCACGCUCUGCUUCCCCAGCCCGGCCAACAAACACAGGGUCUGCGUCGGGAACAAACAACCCAAGAUCCACAAGUGCUAAGGAUGGUGCUGUGUCAAAGGUCACUGGAGGUAGACCCCCAUCAUCAGGGCGACCCCCAUCAUCAAAUCGUCUUGUAUCUUCAAAAAGUGAUUCCAGUUCAACAAAGAAGCCAAAGAGUCCUGGCGAACACAGUGAGUUUGUCUCCAAGGGGAGAAUGUUACACACGGGCUCCGAGCCAAAUUUGUAUCAUGGGGUUGAAAGCGAUCCGUCCACUACGAGUAGUCAGUCCAGAUUCAGGACUGACCAAUCAAAUGCUUCCAAAGAACACAAGGACCAAUGGGACUUCAGUUGUGAAAGAACUUCCAGCCAAUCGGAAAGACCCACCAAAGUCACCGUCCAAUCGGAAUCCGUCCAGUCAACAGACAGCCAAUCAGACUCCAAGAGGCCAAUUGUCGGCCAAUCAUACGAAAGACUGGCCGAGGACGCCAGCCAAUCCGGGCCGAGAACUAGAGACUUGAUGGCCCCCGAUGCUUUCGAUAAGCUGGCGGACCAAAUUGCCAGCAAAGUCAGAGCCGAUCUGAAACAGGAGAGAAGUCAGAUGAUGCAGUCGGUCGGCUUCACAGGGAAAAGUGUCUUGGAAGAUGACCACGAUGACGAAAGCAGCACGAUGUCAAGUCAUAAAUGCAGCAAAUGUAAACAGCUUAUGGUUGCUCCGGAUCAUACACCGUACGUGCUCAUCCCCUGUGGCCACACCCUGUGCGAGGCGUGUGCUGAAGACAGGAUCAAGUGCCCCACCUGCAGGGCCAAAGUUUCGUCCACUGCAGUUAACACAACGCUUCAGCAAAUUAUAACGCCAUCAACACGGAGCAAUCACCGCACGACAGUCCCACUCACUCAACUCUCAACGAAUCCCAAACCGGCACCGACGUCCCAUCAAAAUUACAACCCCUCGGAAUAUUCCAGUCACCCUGUGAACAAUACAAAACCUAAUGCAAGUGGACUGUACCACUCCAAUUAUAGGGAAGAUCCUCCAGAGGGGCGAGUGGUUCAUCCGGCGUACGACCAAUCCAAUGAUAGAUACAACACGAACCCUCCGUCAAUGGGUGGACAUUUUGGUGAACAGAAAGGGGUGGAGACAGGGAGCACAGGGAGGCGGAAGAUGACACCAGAGGAGCAGGCCGAGAAAUAUUUCAACGAGUAUCAGAAUCUUUUGAUUCGCUGCGAGGCGAUGGAAGGGGAGGAGGAGGACAUUUUAGCCGCUGUGGAGAGGAAAAACCGAGAGAUCACUAAACAGAAGAAACAAAUCGCCAACAUCACGAGCGAGCAGGACCGGCUGAGGGGGGAGGUGCAGAAGAUAGAAGAGCGGAUCGCGGCCCUGGACGGCCACCGGAGGGAGUACGAGCAGCAGUGCCAAGAGCUGGAGGAGGACAAGCGAGAACACGGGGACCGGCUCACCAUGGUGCGAGACAUGCUGAGGGGGCUGGAGAGGUCCAAGGAAAAGAUCAAGCUGCUGGCCAGAAAUUACAACAUGUCAGUGGAUUAGCUGAAAACUGCAUCCACAUUUCAGGGAUCUGGUAAGAAAUGAAUUGAACAAUGGAUGCGAGGUUUGUCUGUCACCUGACCUUGUCUGUCACCUGAUCAUAUCUGUCACCUGAUCAUGUGACAGCAUGCAACUGACACCACUUUGUAGCUGCUGAUCCAUUGUUGUGGUACACUGGGUUUUUUUAUAAAUCUAUUUAUGUAUUUAUUGUGUUAUUUUUUAUUUAAUUUAUUUUUGCGGUGAAAAGAAAAGUGAGAAGAGAAUUUUAUAAACUG